CGCGACGUCGAGGAUGGCCGACUUUUCUGGUGCUCUUUCUACAUGGAGAGAAAUAAAUCUAUCAGAGCUGCAGAAGACCCUCGACGCGCAAGGAAUCGAAAUUGUCGACAACCAGAAGGAAAACGUGGUCGGAAGAAAGGCUCUCGCUGACAAAACAAAAGAGUUCAAAAAGAUCCCUGACAAUGAAAAGAUGACUGCGUGGAAAGGUCUGCUGAAGGCCUACCAAACUGAAAUCGACAAUCUUACGAAAAGGUCAAAGGCUUCGGAGAACGCGUUCUUGAAUGUAUACAAAGUGCUAGCUGAAGCACCAGACCCGUACCCACUCCUGGAAGUUGCUGUCGACCAAGCUGUAAAGGCAGCAGAAGCUUCUGACCUCGAGUUGGAACUUAAACGUGUCCGCGAAGAAAAUGCUGAAUUAUCAAGGCGAGUUAUCGACUUAUCCAACGUUGAGGCCGCGAAAAAGAAGGCUGAGGCGAAGGUGGAACAAUUGGAGCAAAAGAUGGAGGAAUUGAUACAAGAGAAGCUCGCUCAGAAAGAAAACGAGCUAAAUGCAAUCUACGACGAAAAGUUGAUGAACUAUGAAGAACGAGAAAAGGAUCUUCAACGUCAGCUUUCUCUGACGAAGAAUCAGCUUCGUGACCUUCGGCUUUCGAAUGAUACUACUCAGGCAAAACUUUUGGACCAUAGUCAACGCCAAGAUGAGGAAGUAGUCUCCAAACUAGCUGAAGUCGACAUGAUAAUUGGAGAUCUGGGCCGAGCUAACAGUCGUAUCGCAGCACUCGAGCGUCGUAAUGAAAUUCUACGAGCAGAAACAGAAACAAUGCGAAGCGGCACGGAGUCUUCAGAAAAAGUGAAAUCGCUUGAAAAUCAAGUGACCUCUCUAGAAGCAGAGACUGAAAGAUUGUCUCGGGCGUUGGACAUUCAACGACGUACAGCAGAGGAGGUAGAGGUAUCAUCAAACAAGAAGCUGCAAGAGACGAUGAGGGAAAUAGAACGCAAGGUGGCCGAAGUAGGCAAUUUGAAGAAUCGUAUAAGGAAAUACCAUGACUAUGAUGAAAUCAAACGAGAACUAGAAAUCAUGAAGUACGUCGAAUUUGCUGGGCUUGACGAAGAUGUUACCGAGUCCGAUGAUCAAACUGGUGUCAACGGACACGACACUGGUGUUUAUCUGCCAAACCCAAAUGCAGAAAAGGCAAAUGGACAACAGGCCAAAUCUCUCGAGGCACUCCUGGCCACGAAGAACAAGCGUAUCAUGGAGGAAUUAACUAAGUUUAGGAUUCUACAUGGGGAGCUGGAAGCUUCACUCCAGGCCACGCGGGAACAACUCAGUAGUGCUUCCUCGGAGUUAGAACAACAAAAGGCGCUGAACGAGAAGUUGGAAAAUGAUUUGUUGUCCAUGAACAGCCAUAGAACGGAAGAUGCCGGCUCCUCUGAUACCGCUGAUAUCCUUGCUGGAAUUGGGGUUAGAAAAACAGAGGAUUCUUCUGCUCGCAGUACACCAAUACCGUUUACCUCAUCUGCUGAUACCUCGAUUCUACCCAUCGUGACGAGCCAGAGAGAUAGAUUUAGGCAGCGAAAUGCGGAGCUCGAAGAGGAACUCAGGAAGCAAUUCCAGAUCAUUUCAGAACUUCGGGGGGAAAUCAAGACUCUACAGUUAGACAAUCUCAAGUUAUACGAAAAAGUCAGAUACAUGCAAAGCUAUCGUGAAGAGGCAGGAACCCGUCCAGUCACUUCCCAACUCGACCCUCUACCAGCUCCAUCUGGCAGCCUGGAUGAUAUGGGAAAGUAUAGAAGUCGUUACGAAGAAGCGAUGAACCCUUUCGAGGCUUUCAGGGGUCGGGAAGCAUCGCGGGCAAUUCAAAACCUUAAUCCCGUUGAAAGAGGUGUGCUCGUGCUCACGAGGUCGAUAUUGGGCAACCGCCGUACUAGGACUUUUUUCAUCUUCUACGCUCUUGCGUUACACCUACUGGUCAUGUUCACAACAUAUGAAUGUACUGCUUCUUCGGAAUCUCGGCGCACGACGCAACCAUAUGGGUCCUAG